CAGACCGCAUCACACCGCCUGUGUGUUCCUCCGCCGCAGCGGCUCGUGUAAUUAAUCCGCAUCAGAGUGUGAAGAAACGAAUCCGCUACUGCGUCUCCCCGUCAGCCGUCAUAUUUUUAUAUCUGCACACUCAGGGAUUAAAUAUUUGGAUCGGAUGAGCGGAUAGACCAGAAACUGUUUCGUUUGGAGAGAUGCUGUGGAUUUUACACUGCCUGGGACUUUGUGUCCAAAUCAGCGCACAUCUGGAUAAUCGCGCGUCUGGAAACACAGCGUUGUUCACUGAGGUUCCUCGUGACAUCAUCUCUCAGGCUGGAGAAGAUGUGGAGAUGGCUUGUUCCUUCAAAGGGUCCGGUUCCUCAUCCGUUUCUCUGGAAAUUCAGUGGUGGUACGCCCGACACGGUAGAGACUUACCAGAGAAACCUGGAUGGACCGACAACCAGGUGCUUUCACAAGAAGUAACAUCAAAAGGGGAAACCAAAAUAAGUGUGGUCAAAGUGGUCGGCAGUAACAUUUCGCACAAGCUUCGUCUGUCUAGCAUCAAACCAUCAGAUGGGGGCACGUACGAAUGCAGGGUGAUCGACUUCAGCGAAAGCCGAACUCAGCAGCACAGAGUUCAGGCGUAUCUGCAGGUACGGCCGGAUGAUCUGCGACACAAACGCACGCAGCUCCGUCACAUGGACCACCUGAGCCAUCAGCACACCGUAAAGGGCAACCAUCAGCUGGAUGAUGGAGAGCCGGGUGAUGCAUACGUUCACAAGGGACACCACAAGAGUGAAGAAAUGUUUUAUAAAGUUGAUCAUCACGGGGGAAACAAAACCAAAGCCAAUCGGAGAGCAGAGAUUUCCAAACACAUGACAUGCAGAUGAACAGUGACUGUCCUGAUG